GAGAAUGGAGAACACCACGCGUGAGAUUUCUAAUAUUUGUCGGUUCUGUUUGUGCGAGAACGAUUUACUUCCCGUUUCAAAUGUGGCUUCUUCACUAUUGACUAUCGAGGAAAUCGAAUACUUCACCGGCAUACAGAUCACCGAGGAGGAACAGCGAUCAUUCGCCACGUGCGAAACGUGUUGCGGAGCAAUAAAAAAAGCAGCUAGAUUCCGAGCAAGUUGUCUGAAAAAUGAUCAUGAAUUCCGAGAGCUCUUUUCGGUACUCGUCGAGAGUGUGUUACAAGUAAAAGAUUAUACUUGGGACGUUACAUAUGGAGAUGAAGUUGUAGAAGAAGGACCGAUGAUUGAACCUCAUGAAACCAGCCUAAUAACAGUUCAGUUAACUGAUGAUAAUAUUUCACAGUUUCCUUCAAGAAACCUUAUAUCAGCAAACACCAGUCAAAAAACAAACUUCUCACAAUCGGAUGAUGAUUCGGAAUGGGAAUACAAGCGGCAUAUAAAACAACUUUGCCCUAUUUGUGGCAAAAUGGUAACUAACGUAGGUCUUCACAUUUCCAGCAUACAUGACAAGGUAAAGAAAUAUUCGUGUCCUCACUGUCCGUUAGCAAUGGCACUUAAAGGUAAUUUAUCAAGGCACAUAAAUGAGGUCCACAAGAAAAAAAUUAUUAAAACAUGCGAACAAUGCGGCAGAGGUUUUUGCAAUAAAAACAGCUACUUGAGUCACAUGACAUCAAUUCAUGGAACUGGCGAAAGAUACAAGUGCCAGAUAUGCUCAAAAUCAUUCAGUCUACUAUCAUCCUGUAAGCAGCAUAUGAGAAGUUGGCAUCUAAAUCAAAAAGAGUUCAAAUGCACAACUUGUAGCAGUACAUUCAAGCUAAGAACACAACUAACCAACCACCAAAAGGUGCAUUCCGAUGAACAUCCUUUCGCUUGCAGCAUUUGUCCGAAACGUUUCAAGAGUGGUACUGCAAAAAAAAAUCAUGAGAUAGCGCACUCUGGUUUUCGAUUCAGCUGUGAACUUUGUACAAAGUCAUAUCGAUAUAAAUGUCUUCUAAACAUGCACUAUAGAAAGGAUCACGAAGGCAUGAUACCUUCAAAAAUGAACAAUGACUCGAAUAUAGCCGAGUUCGAGUCAGUGUCGAGUUCUAAAGACAAUUAAUAAAAUUAGCCUAAUGAAAUAAGGAAAAAGUAAGGAUUCAAACAUAGAAACUAAAUCUUUUGCAAUUUAUUUUACUAAUAGUUUUUUCUUUGAAAAGCCUAGAACGAGUUUAAAAUCGCUACGUUAGCGAUGUUAACGAGUUUUUUUAUUAGACACCUCUCGCUUUAAUCCAAUGCCGGUAACAGUUCACGAAUAAAAUCAUUUUCAUCA